CUGUAGAUACUGAUCUGUGCUUGUCAAUACUUUGUCUCUCGUUAAUUUUCUGCCUGGAUGUAUGUCCUUGACGCUUCAUUAGUCUGACUGCUGUUUUUGUUAUGAAGGCAUGUGUUCUCCCCUCCACCUCUGACUCUCUUUCUCUCUCUCCUGCACAGAGUUGUGUUUUCAUGUCCUUCAUUUUACUCCUCCCUCUUUCACUUGCCAUCAUCACUUUUAUUACACUUUCUCGGGAGUCCUCACGCUUUGUCUGUUGUCAUGUUUGCACAAACUGAGAUGUACCACAACUGCACUACAGACACUGCAAUCAACUGUAAUCAAAGCCUCCUCUCUGAUCAAAAGGAAAAGCUUAUCCAGGCUAUUAAAAGAAUCAAGCACGAGUUAGAUGAGUGCAGAGAAGCAGAGAGAGAGACAUUCAUAGAGUCGGUGGAAGUAGAGAGCAGAUUUGAUGACCUGGAAAGAGAAAUCAGAUCUGAGUUUCAUAAUCUUCAUCGUUUUCUGGAGGAGGAGGAGUGGAAGGAUGUGGAACGGCUGAGGAGGGAGAAACAGAAGCAACUGAAGCAGCUAAAGGAGCAAGAGAAGAAAAUAUCAGAGCAAGGGAGGGACAUAGAGAGAUCAAUUGCCUUGCUCAACAGCAAACUGACGGAGGAGGACAGUCCUAACCUGCUAAAAGAAAUUCAAGAGCUAAUAAAACGGCAGGUUUUCUCAGUGUGUUUUUCUAAAACUAACUGUUUUCUUGUUUUCUUUCCCAAUUUCUCCCAAACUCAUUUACACUAAUCCUGUGUAUGUUACACAUGCUUGAUAUUUUUGUAGUUUUUGCAAAUGAGUCCUCUUUCAUAAUAAUAACAAAAGUGUGUCAGGUAUUUUCAUAUUUGGUUCUCUCCCCAUGUUUUUAAGCAGGUCCCAGGUCAGUUUUAUUCUCCCAGCAGAGGUGAACACAGAGGUGCGCUCUGGCCAUUUUGUGGGGCCCCUCCAGUACAGAGUAUGGAAACACAUGAAAAGCUGCC